AUGCGUCCUGAAAUUGAACAAGAGCUGGCUCACACCUUGUUGGUGGAGCUGCUCGCCUACCAGUUUGCCUCGCCCGUUCGAUGGAUUGAAACCCAAGAUGUUAUCCUCGCCGAACAACGAACUGAGCGCAUUGUCGAGAUUGGUCCCGCAGAUACCUUAGGAGGAAUGGCCCGCCGGACUCUCGCCUCCAAAUAUGAGGCUUACGAUGCCGCCACUUCCGUUCAACGUCAAAUUCUCUGCUACAACAAGGACGCCAAGGAGAUUUACUACGAUGUUGACCCCAUUGAGGAGGAGGAACCUGCUGCGGAGGCCGCUCCCGCCGCUGCUCCUUCAGCUGGAGCCGCUGCUCCCGCUCCCGCAGCUGCUGCUGCACCCCCACCCCCCAGUGCUGGUCCUGCGGCGGCUGUGGAAGAUGCGCCUGUCACUGCUGUUGAUAUUCUGCGGUCCCUGGUGGCUCAGAAAUUGAAGAAAAGCUUGGCUGACGUGCCAUUGAGCAAGGCCAUUAAGGAUCUCGUUGGAGGUAAAUCCACAUUACAAAACGAAAUUUUGGGAGAUCUUGGAAAGGAAUUCGGCUCUACACCAGAGAAGCCAGAAGACACCCCUCUCGAUGAAUUGGGUGCGUCGAUGCAGGCCACCUUCAAUGGCCAAUUGGGCAAGCAGUCAUCAUCGCUUAUUGCUCGUAUGGUUUCGUCUAAAAUGCCUGGUGGCUUCAACAUCACAGCUGUCCGUAAGUAUCUGGAGACACGGUGGGGUUUGGGUGGCGGCCGCCAGGAUGGAGUGCUCUUGCUGGCAAUCACUAUGGAGCCGGCUUCCCGUCUUGGCUCUGAUGCCGAUGCCAAGGCCUUCCUUGAUGAUGUGACGAAUAAGUAUGCCGGCAGUGCGGGUAUCAACCUCUCCGCUCCUGUGGCCGGUGGUGACAGUGGCAGCGGUGGCGGUGGUAUGAUGAUGGACCCAGCCGCAAUUGAUGCGCUUACCAAGGACCAGCGCGCUCUGUUUAAGCAGCAGCUCGAGGCCAUUGCUCGCUACUUGAAGAUGGAUCUUCGUGCUGGUGACAAGGCCUUUAUCACAUCUCAGGAAACCCAAAAGGCCCUUCAGGCACAGCUCGACCUGUGGCAGGCCGAGCACGGUGACUUCUAUGCCUCCGGCAUUGAGCCCUCUUUUGACCCUCUUAAGGCUCGCGUCUACGACUCCUCUUGGAACUGGGCUCGUCAAGAUGCGCUCAGCAUGUACUACGACAUUAUCUUCGGUCGUCUGCAGGUUGUUGACCGCGAGAUUGUUAGCCGCUGUAUCCACAUUAUGAACCGUUCCAACCCUCUUCUUCUCGACUUCAUGCAGUACCACAUCGACAACUGCCCAACUGAGCGCGGAGAGACCUACCAGCUUGCCCAGGCGCUGGGUCAGCAACUCAUUGAGAACUGCCGGGAGGUUCUUGAUGUCGCUCCCGUUUACAAGGAUGUUGCCGUCCCCACUGGUCCCCAGACUACCAUCGACUCUCGCGGUGGCAUUGGCUACAAGGAGGUCGGUCGUACCAGCGCUCGCAAGCUGGAGCACUACGUCAAGCAGAUGGCCGAGGGUGGCCCUAUCUCCGAGUACAGCAACCGCGACAAGGUUCAGAAUGACCUGAAGAACGUCUACAAGCUGAUUCGUAAGCAACAUCACCUCUCCAAGUCCACUCAGCUUCAAUUUGAUGCUCUGUACAAGGAUGUGCUGCACGCUCUGAACAUGAACGAGAGCCAGAUCAUGCCCCAGGAGAACGCUAAGACCGGCAUCAAGCGCACCCCAGCUCGCCCCGGCAAGAUGGAGACCAUUCCCUUCCUCCACCUCAAGAAGAGAAGCGAGCAUGGCUGGGAUUACAACAAGAAGCUUACUGGCAUCUACUUGAAGGUGCUUGAGUCUGCCGCUCAGUCUGGUCUUACUUUCCAGGGUAAGAAUGUGCUGAUGACCGGUGCUGGUGCUGGUUCCAUCGGUGCGGAAGUCUUGCAGGGUCUGAUCAGCGGUGGUGCCAAGGUGAUUGUCACCACUAGCCGUUUCUCUCGUGAGGUGACCGAGUACUACCAGGCCAUGUAUGCCCGUUACGGUGCUCGUGGUUCCCAACUGGUCGUGGUUCCCUUCAACCAGGGUAGCCAGCAGGAUGUGCAGGCCCUUGUCGACUACAUCUACGACACUAAGAAGGGUCUUGGCUGGGAUCUUGACUUCGUUGUGCCCUUCGCUGCCAUUCCCGAGAACGGCCGUGAGAUCGACUCCAUUGACUCCAAGUCUGAGCUGGCUCACCGUAUUAUGUUGACCAACCUGCUCCGUAUGCUGGGUUCUAUUAAGACCCAAAAGCAGGCUCAUGGCUUUGAGACCCGCCCUGCCCAGGUUAUUCUGCCUCUGUCGCCUAAUCACGGUACCUUCGGUAACGACGGUCUGUACUCUGAGUCCAAGCUGGGUUUGGAGACUCUCUUCAACCGCUGGUACUCUGAGAACUGGAGCAACUACCUUACCAUCUGCGGUGCUGUCAUUGGCUGGACCCGUGGUACUGGUCUGAUGAGCGGUAACAACAUGGUGGCUGAGGGUGUCGAGAAGCUCGGUGUUCGCACUUUCUCCCAGCAGGAGAUGGCUUUCAACCUUCUGGGUCUGAUGUCCCCCGCCGUUGUCAACCUCUGCCAGGCCGACCCUGUUUGGGCUGACCUUAACGGUGGUCUGCAAUUCAUCCCCGAUCUCAAGGGCUUGAUGACCAAGCUCCGCACUGAUAUCAUGGAGACCAGCGAUGUUCGUCAGGCCGUCAUCAAGGAGACCGCUAUUGAGAACACUGUCGUCAAUGGUGAGGACAGCAGUGCUCUGUACAAGAAGGUCAUUGCCGAGCCUCGUGCCAACAUCAAGUUCGAGUUCCCCAAGCUUCCUGACUGGGAGUCUGAGGUCAAGCCCAUCAACGAGUCGCUGAAGGGCAUGGUCAACCUGGACAAGGUUGUUGUUGUCACCGGUUUCGCUGAGGUCGGUCCCUGGGGUAACUCCCGUACCCGUUGGGAGAUGGAAGCCAAUGGCAAGUUCUCUCUGGAGGGUUGUGUUGAGAUGGCCUGGAUUAUGGGUCUGAUCAAGCACCACAACGGUCCCCUCAAGGGCAAGUCUUACUCUGGCUGGGUCGAUGCCAAGACUGGUGACCCUGUCGAUGACAAGGAUGUCAAGCCCAAAUACGAGAAGUUCAUUCUCGAGCACACUGGUAUCCGUCUUAUUGAGCCUGAGCUGUUCAAGGGUUACGAUCCUAAGCAGAAGCAGCUGCUCCAGGAGAUUGUCAUCCAGGAAGACCUCGAGCCCUUUGAGGCCUCCAAGGAGACUGCUGAGGAGUUCAAGCGUGAGCACGGAGACAAGGUUGAGAUCUUCGAAAUCGCCGAGUCUGGCGAGUACACUGUCCGUCUCUGCAAGGGCGCCAAUCUGCUCAUCCCCAAGGCUCUCCAGUUCGACCGCCUGGUUGCUGGUCAGAUCCCUACUGGCUGGGAUGCUCGCCGCUAUGGUAUCCCUGAGGAUAUCAUUGGGCAAGUUGACCCCGUGACCCUGUUCGUUCUGGUCUGUACCGCCGAGUCUAUGCUCUCUGCCGGUAUCACCGAUCCCUAUGAGUUCUACAAGUACGUUCACUUGUCUGAGGUUGGUAACUGUAUCGGUUCCGGUAUCGGUGGAACCCACGCUCUGCGUGGUAUGUACAAGGACCGUUACCUUGACAAGCCCCUGCAGAAGGAUAUCCUGCAGGAAUCUUUCAUCAAUACCAUGAGCGCUUGGGUUAACAUGUUGCUCCUAUCCUCCACUGGUCCCAUCAAGACCCCUGUCGGUGCCUGCGCUACCGCUGUCGAGUCCGUUGAUAUCGGUUACGAGACCAUUGUCGAGGGCAAGGCUCGUGUCUGCUUUGUCGGUGGUUUCGAUGACUUCCAGGAGGAGGGCUCUUACGAGUUCGCCAACAUGAAGGCUACCAGCAACGCUGAGGAUGAGUUCGCUCACGGUCGUACCCCUCAGGAGAUGUCUCGUCCUACUACCACCACUCGUGCUGGAUUCAUGGAGUCCCAGGGUUGCGGUAUGCAGCUCAUCAUGAGUGCUCAGCUUGCUCUGGAUAUGGGUGUCCCCAUCCACGGUAUCAUCGCUCUGACCACCACUGCUACUGACAAGAUCGGUCGCUCUGUACCUGCUCCCGGUCAGGGUGUUCUUACCACUGCCCGUGAGAACCCUGGCAAGUUCCCCUCUCCUCUGCUGGACAUCAAGUACCGUCGCCGCCAGCUGGAGCUGCGCAAGAAGCAGAUCAAGGAGUGGCAGGAGUCGGAGCUCAUGUACCUGCAGGAGGAAGUCGAGGCUAUGGCCUCUCAAAGUGAUGAGACCUUCAAUGCUUCUGAGUACAUGCAUGAGCGUGCUCAGCACAUUGAACGCGAGGCCACUCGUCAGGAGAAGGAUGCUCAGUUCGCUCUGGGUAACAACUUCUGGAAGCAGGAUUCUCGCAUCGCUCCUCUCCGUGGUGCCCUGGCUACCUGGGGUCUGACCGUCGACGACAUUGGUGUCGCUUCCUUCCACGGUACCUCGACUGUCGCUAACGAUAAGAACGAGUCCGAUGUCAUCUGCCAGCAACUCAAGCACCUUGGUCGCAAGAAGGGUAACGCCGUUAUGGGUAUCUUCCAGAAGUACCUCACUGGUCACCCCAAGGGUGCUGCUGGUGCUUGGAUGUUCAACGGCUGUCUCCAAGUUCUGGAGACCGGUCUUGUCCCUGGUAACCGCAAUGCCGACAACGUCGACAAGGUGAUGGAGAAGUUCGAUUACAUCGUCUACCCCAGCCGCAGCAUCCAAACCGAUGGUAUUAAGGCCUUCUCGGUCACCUCCUUCGGUUUCGGUCAGAAGGGUGCUCAGGUCAUUGGUAUUCACCCCAAGUACCUGUACGCUACUCUUGACCAGGCUCAGUACCAGGCCUACAAGAACAAGGUUGAGUCCCGUCAGAAGAAGGCCUACCGCUACUUCCACAACGGUCUGAUCAACAACACCAUCUUCGUUGCCAAGAACAAGGCUCCUUACGAGGAUGAGAUGCAGAGCAAGGUCUUCCUGAACCCCGACUACCGUGUGGCUGUUGACAAGAAGACUUCUGAGCUUAAGUUCCCCGCCAACUUCGCUAAGGCUGAGUCCCCUAGCGAGGCGAGCACUCGCCAGACUGUUGAGUCCCUAGCCAAGGCCAACGCCUCCGAGAACUCUAAGAUCGGCGUUGACGUCGAGAGCAUUGACGCGAUCAACAUCUCUAACGAGACCUUCAUUGAGCGCAACUUCACUGCCAGCGAGCAGGAAUACUGCCGCAAGGCCCCCUCUCCCCAGUCAUCUUUUGCCGGCCGCUGGAGUGCCAAGGAAGCCGUCUUCAAGUCCCUUGGUGUUAGCAGCAAGGGUUCCGGUGCUGCUUUGAAGGAUAUUGAGAUCACCAGUGAUGCCAACGGUGCCCCCGUGGUUAACCUCCAAGGUGCCGCCGCCGCUGCUGCCAAGGAAGCUGGUGUGAAGUCUGUCAGCGUCAGCAUCAGCCACAGUGAUUCUCAGGCUGUUGCCGUGGCCGUCUCCCAGUUCUAA